AUGGAUGUUGAUAUACCAUCAGACCAAUGGGAUAGCGAGGGACUGAGUGAUGACAAUGGAUAUGACGAAUUCGGACGUCUAAAGCGCUCCAGCAAUUUUGACGCACAUACCAUCGUGGAAGCUGGCUACCAAUCGUCUACCGGAGACUCUUCGGAUUCCGAACACUAUGAGGCGAACCAGUUCAUUGAUGAUGAGGCUGUUCUCUCGUCCAUCAAUCGAUCUAAUAGAAGGUCGGCUGCCAGGAAAGGAAAGAACAUCAGACGCGGCCCAAGGAAGCCGGUGGAGCCGAGUGUAGAAUUCAAGGACCUACAUUCAGCCGCUACUUUGGCUUUUAUUGAUACCGACUAUGACCGUGCCAUUGUGCUCGUGAAACAAGCAAUUCAGAUAAACCCUGAAAUGUUUGUGGCGCAUUCCUUACUUUCUGAAAUUUUUCUAGCCCAAGGUCACAAGAGCAAAGCACUGGCUGCCCUGUUUAGCGGUGCUCAUACCAGGCCCAAGGAUCCAGCGGUAUGGUUAAAAGUUGCGAAAAUGAUUUCAGAGCAUGCCGGGGAUGAUAAAACGGCGGCAUUACAAGAUAUGGUCUACUGCUACAGUCGCGUGAUCGAGAUUGAACCGAAAAACUAUGGUAUGCGUUUCGAGAGAGCUUCGUUGUAUCGUCAAUUGAAUCACAACGGAAGAGCUAUUCAAGAAUAUGAAAAGCUUCUAAAAGAUGUUCCCCAUAACACACCUGCAUUGCGACAACUUGCCGAAGCUUACAUAGAUUUAAAUGAUGUUGAAAGAGCAAAGACACUGUACGAUGAAAGCAUUUCUUACUAUUCAUCCCUCCCCCUGGAAAAUGCAACCGAUUUCGACUGGUCGGAUGUCAACAUUUAUGUAGAGCUGUUUGGAUACCAGAAGGACUUUUGGGGAGGCUUGCGCGCUCUGAGGUCUCUCUCACGAUGGCUACUUGGGCGAAAGGAUGAAACAGAAUGGGAUUUACUAUGGGAAGAUGAUCGUGAAUGGGAUGCCGAGGAUCAUCCUCGCCGCAUCGAUACACGUUGGUUUACCCCUUGUAAAUACCCCUUAGAAUUGUACGGUCUUGGGCUCCCCCUCGAACUUCGGGUGAAACUCGGGAUCUACCGAUUAAAAAUGGGGGUUGAAUUUAGGGACGAGGCAUUGACCCACUUCAUGUGGUUACAACCGGAAGAAACGGGCCCAGGCUCCAAGUUAUAUGACUAUGGAGACCUUUUUCGCGAGGCUGCAGACGCCUUGAAAGACGCGGGGUUCCAUGCAGACGCCCUCCUGUUCUACUACCCUCUCCAAUACACCCAAGAAUUUGCCGAUACUAGCCUUUUUAUGGCUAUGGCGGAAUGCUACAUGGCUUCCCAUGACGACGCUGCGACUGAGAGUUGUCUUCUAACAGUAGCAGAAUACGACCCAAUGAAUAUUGAAGCAAGGGCAAAACUCGCAAAAUUUUACGAGCGCUGCAACAUGAUGGACCAGGCGCUGAAAUACGUUACUGAGGCCAUAGAGCUCGGGAGACAGGAAUCAAUACCGAUCCGGAAACGGAGGGGAAAUCCUAGUUCUCGGAUAGAACACCUCGUUAAGGAAUUUCGUUCUCUUGAAUCUGGUGUCACUGAUCAAGGUAUAGGGCCAGAGAACCUAUUAUUAUCAGAAUAUGGCGGGAUUGGCUCUCUAUAUUCUACUGGGCAAGCCGGGCUUCCAAAUUCAACGGAACGCGGCUUCAACAAUAAAGUAACACCGAGCUCGGAGCACGUGCGUUAUUUAUAUCAAAAGCUGUUGGAAUUUCAGCCUAGUAUGAGAGCUGGGGGUGAAGAAGAAACAGAAGAUUGGCUAGAUAUUGCUGAUGCACUGCUGAGGAAUUUUCGUUCAAAUCGACUUUUCUUUCCUCUUCAGAAACAGGAGGUGUUUACAGGGUAUUCCAGAAUUUCUCAAAGUAACCCUGAAGGACUAAAGGGGGCAGAUAUAAUGGAUGAAAUAUAUGAAAUGGCAGGUCGUAUCCAGGCUGCAACAGGCACCGCUGAACUUGACCCAGAAUUAAUACCUACAGACUACCAUGGUAUUGCCUUUGAUGCUUGGCUUGACAUAUUUCUCGAAUACUCGCUCGUUCUUGCUGGCCAAGGCAGCGCAGAAGAAGCGUUUGAUUCUCUGUCGGCUGCGGCUCAUGCAAAUGUUUGGUAUUAUUCAAAGCCAUCUACCCGUCAAAUUUACGUUUGUUGGUUUAGUGAGUAUUUCUUCGGUCUGUUGACCUAUAUGAGUAUCAAAUUUAAUACUUCUGUAGCUUGCGCAAUUCGACUUCAGGAUGAAGAAGUUUUAGCAACGGUUGCUCGGUGGUUUAUGAAGGAGUAUCAAUUUGUUACUGAUACAUAUCGACUCUUCGCGACUUUAAGCCGGUUAUGUGGUGACCCUCGAAAAUCUCUAUUUCACUCUUCUCCAAGCAUGAAAUUUAUGCUUCGCCAGGUUAAGGCGAUUGACUAUACCAUUCCUGAAGAUAAUUCGACUCCAAAGGCUGAUCGCCCACUGCCUACUUUUUUCGCCGAACGAGCAAGCUUAUCAACAAAGGACGAGUUUGGUAACCCAAUGGCCGCUGAAGAAAUGGACGUAGCCCUGCUUGUGUUGUAUGGCCAUAUUCUAUAUGCCGGAAACAGCUUCACCAACGCCCUUAACUACUUUUUCCGCGCCUAUGCACUUGACCCAGACAAUCCCGCUGUUUUAUUAUCAAUCGCCCUUAGUUAUAUACACCAUUCCCUUAAGCGCCAGUCUGACAACCGACACUAUCUCAUUAUGCAGGGAUUGUCGUUCAUGCAGGAGUACCAGAAAAUUAGAAGUUUAAGUAGCGUUCCUCAAGAAAGACAAGAAGUGGAGUUCAAUUUCGCACGAAUAUGGUACAUGCUGGGUUUAGCACAUCUGGCCAUUGAAGGCUUUGAGAGAUGUCUGAGUUUAAGCGAAGAGGUACAGGCUGAAAACACGAAACAGAAAUUGCUGCGUAAACACGAUAGAGAUAAUGGUAUCCAUGUCUACGGGGAAGACUACACUCGUGAGGCGGCAUAUGCAUUACAGUGCCUCUAUACCUUCGGUGGGAAUACAGAGAUGGCUACAAAGGUUACGGAAAAAUGGCUGGUUCUCUGA